CUCCGGUAGUUAGUACAGGAACUGAAAGACGUCAAAGAAACUUAAAAUUGUAUACAAAAUGACUAAAUUGUUGCAGUGGCUACUAUUUGGUUUUAUUGCAGUUACAACAUGGCUUUCGUUGCUAAUGGGAAUGGUACCUUUUCACGUCUCUCAUCGACUGAAGGAAGUUAUAUGGCCGAUGCCAGUUUACGCGAUUAUUGUUUUUGGGUGUUAUUCGCUUAUUGUUAUUGGUUAUAGAGUUGCUACAUUUAAUGACUGCGUCGAGGCAUCUGAAUCUCUAAAAAAGGAAGUUGAAGAAGCAAGAAAAGAUCUCACAAAGAAAGGAUUYAAAUUCAACUAGCAGUUUUUUAUGAAAAAAAAAUUAGACCAAAAAUAUUUGUAACAGCAAAAUGUUCAAUUAUYUAAGCAAAUUACAAUUUUACAAAGUCAAGCUCAAUGUUUGAUUGAAGAAAAAAAAGCAUCUAGGAUAUUUUGUUCCUAGUUUUUUUUCCUGACAAAGGGAAGAGAAGGUUGCAUGGGAAGAUAUAGGACUUAUGAAGUACUAUGCAACGCAAAUAAUAAUUUUACCUCGAUAAACAUAAAAAAUCUAGAUAAUAUCAUACAGUAGUUGAAUAAAUUUUGUAUCCAAAAUGUUGCCAGACAUUACUGAGAUGUAAAAGAACAUUAGAAAUACUGCAUACUUACUGUAAAAUAAUCCAAAAAUAUGACUCAAAUUACAUUUACAAAUAAAAUGUUUUAUUAUAAUAAUU